ACUCAGCCCUUUGUAAAAGAUCAAGGCUGACACUGCUAUUUUACCUAGCUAAAAUUAUAUGCAUAGAGUUUAGACUAAAUUAGUGGCAGAUUUGAAAUGGCAGACAGACUGACACAGCUACAGGAUGCUGUUAAUCAAAUGGCUGAUCAUUUUUGUAACAGUGUAGGAAUUUUACAACAGUAUUCACCACCAAGUCAAUUCGCUGGAUUUGAGAAACAAAAACAGUCUCCAUCAGACCCUCCACAAGAAGAUUAUCCACAAGUAUUUGCCAAACUGAUAGCAAGAACUGCAGGUGAUGUGGAUCUACUAAUAGAUUCAUUACCUAGUGAAGAAUCCUCUUUAGAGUUACAGUUGGCCAGCUUAAAGAAACUGGAAAAUGAAAAUCAAGAAUCUGCAAAGCAUUUGGAAGACAUUGUCAGUAAAGGAGAGACAUUACUGAGUCAAAUACAGGAAGUUUUACAUGAUAUUGCUGAAUGUCAGCUUCGAUGUCAAGCUUUAGAAUCCAAUACUUGAUAAUAGUAUGAAAAUCUUUUUGUGCAAUGUGUAAAAAAAAACAGAUAAACUGCUUCCUGAUGCAUAUUAGAAUAACAACUUACAUGUUUUGUAAAAACAGAUGUGCUGGGACGGUUUUGAUUUUCUUGCAACAAUGGCUACAGGAGCAAGACGAACUCUGCAGAAAGAAACACCAUUUUCUGUAUAUUGCUGUACAUGUAUAAUAAUCUUGUCAGAAAUAAAUAAUCAUAUUUCAGAA